CGACGAAGACGGUCACAGCGUGCUCCGUCUCUUGCAGCGCUCCCAAAUCGCGGUGUGCUAUGGCGGUGUGGUGGUGAGGCGCUAACCUUCAAUCCGCUAAUCCGGUACUCGCGGAUCGCGCUACCUUAGCGCUACCUGCGAGCCGUCGUCCCCUGCCUGUCAAAAUAGUGACUGUCCAAAUCGUGCAAGUGGCACGAGUCGUGUGCGAUUGUCUCUUGUAGUAUUCAGUAUUUGUCCGAAGAACAGACCGUGCCAUGCUAGCCGCGUGAACGCGCUGGUACAAUUUCGAAACACUUAUCCAAAAUAAAUCGUUCAAGACGGCUAUUUACGCACCCUUCCUCGCUGGCUUGCAGCCAAGCACAAUGGCCAGCAUGACCAGCCUACGCCAGACACCGCUGACCUGCAGUGGGCACACGCGCCCCGUCGUACAUCUGGACUUCAGCGGCGUGACCGACAGCGGCUACUUCUUGAUCUCGGCAUGCAAAGAUGGCAAACCGAUGCUGCGCCAAGGCGACACCGGCGACUGGAUCGGCACGUUCGAAGGGCACAAGGGGGCCGUUUGGGGUGUCGCGCUGAAUAACACCGCGACGCGCGCUGCGAGCGGCGCAGCUGACUUCAGCGGCAAGGUCUGGGAUGCAGUCAGCGGCGAACAGCUGCACUCAUUCCAGCAUAAUCACAUCGUCAAAUCCGUCGACUUCUCGCAGGACAGCGGCCUGCUCGUCACCGGCAGCAACGAGAAGCUGAUUCGGAUUUUUGAUCUCCAACAACCUGAUGCAGAUGCUGAUAGAUUUUCCGGACACACCGCUGGAAUAAAACAUGUGGUGUUCUUCCGGGACGACAAGUGCCUGCUGUCGUGCGCCGACGAUAAAACCGUGCGGGUCUGGGACCGCUCCAGCGGCACGGAGAUCCAAAAGAUCGAAUUCGCUUCCAAUCCGUCGAGUAUUGAAGUAUCGCGCGAUGGCUCCGUGAUCACCGUUUCGCAUCACAAGACCGUCACAUUCCUGGCGGCCGACAGCCUGAAAGCGAUCCGCGAAUACUCGGUGCCGUCGAAUAUCAACUCGGCGUCGCUGCAUCCGGAUAAGAGCAUCUUCGUGGCUGGUGGUGAUGACCUCAAGGUGUAUAAAUAUGACUACACCACCGGCGCCGAGAUAGAAUCGUUCAAGGGUCAUUUUGGCCCAGUGCACUGCUUGCGGUUUUCGCCCGAUGGCGAAUUGUACGCGUCUGGAUCUGAGGAUGGCACGUUGCGCCUGUGGCAGACCACAAUUGGCAAGACCUAUGGCCUAUGGAAGUGCGUCGACAGCACCACGCAGAUGGCCGACGCCGCCGUCAACACCAAGGAGGUGGUGCCCGCCAGCUAGAGGCCCACGACCGCUCCCUUCAAAUUAUGUAUUUCUUUCGAGAACUGCGCCUUAUUCGACGAAAUUAUUCGACUCAUUGAAAACUCAUGCGGAUAGGACGUAGUACUACGACGCUCGCCGACGUGAUAUCGACGUGAUUGGACUCGUAGUAGACAUCAUUUUCCAGUUAUGAUGGACUCAUUUUUCUAAUUUUCUAAAUGACUAUUUCGAUAUUCUCGAUAGUUGAUUGAAUAAAUUCAAAUCAGCGUGUGA